AUGUCGUGGAUAGUUGAACAAACCGAAAAUACGUCGGCUGUUAAUGUUAAUGGUGACACUAUUACAUGCACAAACGAUGGUUAUUAUGGUAGUCCAAUCAAUGUCAUGUACAAAGACCCAGCUAAUCAAAACGGGCAAUAUUUUUGGCAAAUAGAAUUUCGGGAAUUGCAAGAAUCUGGAGGUGCUUCUAUUGGUUUAACAACAGAGCACGAUUUUAAGGGUGGAUGGGGACUUCGAGCUAUGAAAUAUUUAGGUAAUUUGUCAGAUGGCAGUGGACUUUUGGUAUCAGCCUUCGGUGAUCAAAUAAGCCAAAAUGAUAAAAUUGGGAUAUUAUUGCAAUUAACGAGUGAAGAUUUGAAAAUGUAUAUCUUUCAUAAUGAAAAAUCCUUAGGUUUAGCUUUUCAUGUUCAAGCUCCAUAUCCAAAGCCAUUGUUUCCCGUGGUUAGCUUUAAUGCUAAUGGUAAAGUCAAAAUAUAUCGUUCGCAAGAAAUACCUACGUCCUUAGAACGUUCAUCAUUAGAAUUUACCGGUAUUAAUGGUAAUUGGAAAAUUAUUGAUUAUCCACAACAUCGAGAAUGUGUAGGUUAUCAAUUUGAAAUAGCGAAUGAAAAUGAAAAUAGGUUCAGUCUUCACGCUCGAGUAAUUAAUUCACUAAAUUGCCAUUUGCAAUAUAAUCCAGCAAAUAAUCAAUGGAAAACUUCCGCAAUUAUGUCAACGCUGAUGGCAGGUCCAUCAGAAGAGAUGCAUAAAGAAAGUUUAAUUAGUAGUUUUAUCUCUGGUAUUUAUCGUGUAGAAACCCAAGGCCAACAUCAGUUAGUCAUACAAACGAAUAACGGUGACCAGGCUCGAUUAGAACGCUUUGCAGUUCCCCCACCAUCACCAGUUACGCAAAAUAUAUUCAAUUAA